ACCCACGAGAUCACACUCCAUUCGUCUCCAUCACUACCCUUCCCAAAAAAAUCCCUCUGUUUAGAAAAUUACCUAAAGCAAGCAAGAAACAGACACAGAAAAAUAAGCCUCUUUUCAAUCACCGUCGACCUCCAAAAAAAUGUUCUCCUUCGUCAACACCACACCACCUUCAAAAACAAGCCAAAAAACCCCUUACCUUCUAACCAAAACCCUCUAUUUAUACCCAUCAAGGACCGAGCUUCAUCUUGCUGCCAAGGAGAAUCGGACAACCAGAGCAGGUACCAGAUCAGGUUGCAGGAUUGCGUUGCAGCCAGGGAUUGCACGAUUGGGCGCAUGUAGGCGCACAGGAUUGGCAACAACAUGCAAGGGGCCGCAAAAGGCAGGGGGUGUGCAGGAGGCAGAGGAUCCGACUUUUUGGCAGAAGCAGGAGUGCAGGAUCAAGUGCAGGUGUAGCAGAGUGCAAGGCACGGGCGUGUUGAGUAGUUUGCAAAUGUUAAGGGCGUGCAUGGGCGCAGGCGUGCAGCAGAGGGCGAUGAUGGCUCGGUGUAGGUUUAGGGGUCUGGACAGCAAACCGGGCUCGAGUGAGGAUGCAGAGCAGGGGCGCUGGGCAGGGGUGCUGGUGCGCAGGGCUGGUUGCAGGCGGCAAGGGGGUGGUUCAAGAAAGAGAAAAUUUGGUUUUGGUGGGUUUGGGUUAGAUGGGUUUUGGGAUUUUGGGCUUGGGUAGUUGGUAGGCUUUGGAUUUUGGUGGGUUUUGGGUAAUUGGGUUUGAGUUUGGGUUUUGGUUUGGGUUUGAUGGGUUUUGGGCUAGACUUUGCAUUUCACCCCUCCAACUUUCCAUUUCUUCAAUUGAGUCCUUUCUCUCAUCUUCUUUUCCAAUCUUCUUCGUAAAAUUUCUUUUUUGCCCCCCCAUUUUUUGAAUUAACCUAACAAGUAAAA